UUAGAGAUGUGUUGUAUUUUAAAUACCAAUACAAACUAAAGCCACACGCAACCAAAACCAAAACAAAAGGCGAUUCAGCGGGACGACGAUGAGCAAUCUUAAGCAGGAUUUGGACGAAUACCUGCUGCUUCAGAGUGAUCAGAAGAAAAACUUUAAUGUAAAGAUACCACAGAUAAAGGUGCCGCAACUGGGCCGACUGGGCCAGCUUUUCUCACGCCCAGAGCCAGAAAACAGUUGGUUGAAGGAUACACAAGACUCCUGCUGUCCAAAGCUAUCACGGCUCCAAAGGAUUGUGGGCUUUGUUGCUUGCCUGGGCGUUGGUGCCCUUUGCAUGACUCUUUCAACAUUUUACAUACCGGUCCUGAUCCUGAAGGCGCGGAAAUUUGCGUUGCUCUACACAAUGGGCAGUAUAUUCUUCAUUCUCAGCUUCUGCUUCCUGUCCGGUUUUGGUGCAUUCCUAAAGCAGAUGUUCUCCAAGCCACGCCUGCUUACCUCCAUCUCAUACAGCUCGUGCCUGCUCCUCACACUCUACUUCUCGUUAAUCGUCCAGAGCACGGCCUUUACUGUACUGUUUGCAGUGGCGCAAAUCAUAGCGUUACUCUUCAUGGUAUUGAGCAUGGUGCCCGGUGGUGCAACGGGCCUGAAGUUCUUUGGCCAGCUAUUUAAGAGCAGCGUCUCCUCAUCAUCUAGCACACUGCCAGUUUAGGAGAAACAUAUGAUAAAACCACCACAUGGAUUUUUACAUACAAAAUAUUUAUUGACUUGCAUUGUAUAAUGAUAAUGGGGAAUAAAACUUAUUUGUGAUACUCGCUAA